GGGACGCCGGGCCCGCAGCCUCGCUUACUUCCUCGCUCGCGCCGCCCGCCCGCGGGGCUGCCGGCCCCCCGCCGGCCGGGGCCAUGCAGGAAAGCCAGACUAAGAGCAUGUUCGUGUCCCGGGCCCUGGAGAAGAUCCUAGCCGACAAGGAGGCGAAGCGGCCCCAGCACUCCCAGCUGCGCAGGGCCUGCCAGGUGGCGCUCGAUGAAAUUAAAGCAGAAAUAGAAAAGCAGAGGCUUGGUGCUGCAGCCCCACCAAAGGCGAACUUCAUCGAAGCAGACAAGUACUUCCUUCCAUUCGAGCUGGCUUGCCAGUCCAAGUCCCCCCGUGUGGUCAGCACAUCCCUUGACUGCUUGCAGAAACUCAUCGCAUAUGGGCACAUCACCGGCAACGCCCCAGACAGUGGAGCCCCAGGGAAGCGGCUGAUUGACAGGAUUGUUGAAACCAUAUGCAACUGUUUUCAGGGACCUCAGACGGAUGAAGGAGUUCAGUUACAAAUAAUUAAGGCUCUGCUGACUGCGGUGACUUCCCCACACAUUGAGAUUCAUGAAGGCACUAUCCUGCAAACUGUGAGAACAUGUUACAAUAUCUAUUUGGCCAGCAAAAACCUUAUCAAUCAAACCACUGCCAAGGCCACGCUCACCCAGAUGCUCAAUGUCAUCUUCACCCGCAUGGAAAACCAGGUGUUGCAGGAGGCGAGAGAACUGGAAAAACCAAUCCAGUCAAAACCCCAGUCCCCCGUGAUUCAGGCUGCAGCAGGAUCCCCAAAGUUGAACCGUUUGAAGCAGAGCCAGGCACAAAGCAAACCAACAACUCCUGAAAAAACAGAUUUACCCAACGGUGAACAUGCCAGGAGUGACACUGGGAAAGUGAGCUCAGAGAAUGGAGACACACCCGGAGAAAGAGGCCCAUCACUGCCAGGGGGCGAGGAUGGAGCCCAGGAGGUGGUGAAGGACAUCCUAGAAGAUGUGGUCACCUCUGCUGUAAAAGCAGCAGCAGAAAAACACGGACUGGCAGAACCCGACAGGGUCCUAAGUGAGCUAGAGUGUCAGGAAUGUCCUGUUCUCCCUGGGGUUGAUGAAAACUCCCAGACCAAUGGCAUAGCGGACGACAGGCAGUCAUUGUCAUCAGCGGAUAAUCUGGAAUCAGAUGUGCAGGGACAUCCGGUGGCCGCCAGGUUCUCUCAUGUUCUGCAGAAGGAUGCCUUCCUGGUGUUUCGCUCCCUGUGCAAGCUUUCCAUGAAGCCCCUUGGGGAAGGCCCCCCAGAUCCAAAGUCCCAUGAGCUUCGCUCCAAAGUGGUCUCCCUGCAACUUCUUCUGUCCGUGUUGCAGAAUGCUGGCCCGGUCUUCAGAACCCAUGAGAUGUUCAUCAAUGCCAUCAAACAGUACCUCUGUGUGGCAUUGUCCAAGAAUGGCGUCUCUUCUGUGCCUGAUGUCUUCGAACUCUCUCUUGCCAUCUUCCUUACUCUCCUUUCAAACUUUAAAAUGCACCUGAAAAUGCAGAUAGAGGUCUUCUUCAAAGAGAUAUUCCUGAACAUUUUAGAAACAUCCACAAGUUCUUUUGAGCACAGAUGGAUGGUUAUCCAGACCCUGACGAGGAUCUGUGCAGAUGCCCAGUGUGUGGUAGACAUUUAUGUCAACUAUGACUGUGAUCUAAAUGCUGCUAACAUUUUUGAGCGCCUUGUGAAUGAUUUAUCGAAAAUUGCUCAGGGAAGAAGCGGCCAUGAGCUGGGAAUGACUCCUCUGCAGGAGCUUAGUCUGAGGAAGAAAGGCCUGGAGUGCCUUGUGUCCAUUCUCAAGUGCAUGGUGGAGUGGAGCAAAGACCUGUACGUGAACCCCAAUCACCAGACCAGCCUCGGUCAGGAGAGGCUCACAGAUCAGGAAGUAGGGGAUGGGAAAGGCCUUGACAUGGCAAGACGGUGCAGUGUGACGUCCAUGGAGUCCACCGUGUCCUCGGGAACCCAGACCACCAUUCAGGAUGACCCAGAGCAGUUUGAGGUCAUCAAGCAGCAAAAAGAAAUCAUCGAACACGGCAUUGAGCUCUUCAACAAGAAACCCAAGAGGGGAAUCCAGUUUCUCCAGGAGCAGGGCAUGCUGGGAGCGUCCGUUGAGGACAUCGCCCAGUUUCUGCACCAGGAGGAGCGCCUGGAUUCUACCCAAGUGGGAGAUUUUCUGGGAGACGGUGCCAGGCUCAACAAGGAGGUGAUGUAUGCCUACGUGGACCAACUGGACUUUUGUGAGAAGGAGUUUGUCUCGGCACUCAGGACAUUCCUGGAAGGCUUCCGUCUCCCCGGGGAAGCCCAGAAGAUUGACCGCUUAAUGGAGAAGUUUGCUGCAAGAUACAUAGAGUGCAACCAAGGGCAAACUCUGUUUGCGAGCGCUGACACUGCGUAUGUCCUGGCAUAUUCUAUUAUCAUGCUAACCACAGACCUGCACAGCCCACAGGUAAAAAAUAAAAUGACAAAAGAGCAGUAUAUUAAAAUGAAUCGGGGCAUCAAUGAUAGUAAAGAUCUGCCAGAGGAAUAUCUGUCCAGCAUCUACGAGGAGAUCGAGGGCAAGAAGAUUGCCAUGAAGGAAACAAAAGAGCACUCGAUUGCAACAAAGUCUACAAAGCAGAAUGUGGCUAGUGAAAAGCAGCGGCGGCUGCUGUACAAUUUGGAGAUGGAGCAAAUGGCUAAAACAGCCAAAGCUCUGAUGGAGGCUGUGAGCCACGCCAAAGCCCCAUUCACAAGUGCCACACACUUGGACCACGUCCGGCCAAUGUUCAAACUGGUGUGGACGCCAUUGCUGGCCGCCUAUAGCAUUGGGCUACAGAACUGUGACGACACUGAAGUGGCUUCCUUGUGUCUGGAAGGCAUCCGAUGUGCCAUCCGAAUUGCCUGCAUCUUCUCAAUGCAGCUGGAACGAGAUGCCUACGUUCAAGCCCUGGCUCGCUUCUCUCUGCUGACAGCCAGCUCCAGCAUCACUGAAAUGAAACAGAAGAACAUCGACACCAUCAAGACGCUCAUCACGGUGGCUCAUACUGACGGCAACUACCUGGGGAACUCGUGGCACGAGAUCUUGAAAUGCAUCAGCCAGCUGGAGCUUGCUCAGCUGAUAGGAACCGGGGUCAAGACCCGCUACCUGUCUGGCUCUGGGCGAGAGAGGGAAGGGAGCCUGAAAGGCCACACAUUGGCAGGAGAAGAGUUCAUGGGCCUCGGGCUUGGUAACUUGGUGAGUGGAGGUGUAGACAGAAGACAGAUGGCCAGCUUCCAGGAGUCGGUUGGUGAGACCAGCUCUCAGAGUGUGGUUGUCGCCGUGGACAGAAUUUUUACCGGCUCCACCAGACUGGAUGGAAAUGCAAUUGUUGACUUUGUCCGCUGGUUGUGUGCUGUGUCCAUGGAUGAACUGGCAUCUCCCCACCAUCCUCGUAUGUUCAGCCUGCAGAAGAUCGUGGAGAUUUCAUACUACAACAUGAAUCGGAUCCGGCUGCAGUGGUCCCGAAUAUGGCAUGUGAUUGGAGAUCACUUCAAUAAGGUCGGCUGUAACCCCAAUGAAGACGUGGCUAUCUUUGCUGUGGACUCUUUAAGGCAGCUCUCUAUGAAGUUUCUAGAGAAGGGUGAAUUAGCCAACUUCCGAUUCCAGAAAGAUUUUCUGAGGCCCUUUGAGCAUAUUAUGAAGAAAAACAGGUCUCCCACCAUCCGGGACAUGGUGAUCCGCUGCAUUGCCCAGAUGGUGAGUUCCCAGGCGGCCAACAUCCGCUCGGGCUGGAAGAACAUCUUUGCUGUGUUCCACCAGGCAGCCUCCGACCAUGACGGGAACAUCGUGGAGCUGGCCUUCCAGACCACAGGCCACAUCGUGUCGACAAUUUUCCAGCACCAUUUCCCGGCAGCUAUUGAUUCCUUCCAGGAUGCCGUGAAGUGCUUGUCGGAGUUUGCCUGCAAUGCUGCCUUCCCCGACACCAGUAUGGAGGCCAUCCGGCUCAUCCGCUUCUGUGGGAGAUACGUCUCUGAGAGGCCACGGGUGCUACAAGAAUACACAAGCGACGACAUGAAUGUAGCUCCUGGUGAUAGAGUCUGGGUCCGAGGCUGGUUCCCCAUCUUAUUUGAGCUCUCCUGCAUCAUUAAUAGGUGUAAGCUGGAUGUGCGGACCAGAGGACUCACAGUCAUGUUUGAGAUCAUGAAGAGUUAUGGUCACACCUUUGAGAAGCACUGGUGGCAGGAUCUGUUCAGAAUCGUGUUUCGGAUUUUCGACAACAUGAAACUCCCUGAGCAGCAGUCAGAGAAGUCCGAAUGGAUGACGACAACAUGCAAUCAUGCCCUGUAUGCUAUUUGUGAUGUAUUUACUCAGUUUUAUGAAGCUUUAAAUGAAGUGCUGCUUUCUGAUGUGUUUGCCCAGUUGCAGUGGUGUGUUAAACAAGAUAAUGAACAGUUGGCUCGAUCAGGUACCAAUUGCUUAGAGAACUUAGUGAUAUCCAAUGGAGAGAAAUUCAGUCCUGAAGUCUGGGAUGAAACGUGCAACUGUAUGUUGGAUAUUUUCAAAACCACCAUCCCGCAUGUGUUGCUGAUGUGGAGACCUGCAGGGAUGGAGGAAGAGCCAUUUGAAAAACAUUUGGAUGUGGAUCUAGACCGCCAGUCUUUAAGCAGCAUAGACAAAAAUGCAUCCGAGAGAGGCCAGAGCCAGCUCUCCAACCCAACAGAUGACAGCUGGAAGGGGAGACCAUAUGCAAAUCAGAAACUGUUUGCCAGCCUCCUCAUCAAGUGUGUGGUCCAGCUGGAACUCAUUCAGACCAUUGACAACAUUGUGUUCUACCCUGCGACCAGCAAAAAGGAGGACGCAGAGCACAUGGUUGCUGCCCAGCAAGACACACUGGAGGCAGAGAUCCACAUCGAGACGGAGGACCAGGGCAUGUACAAGCACAUGUCUUCCCAGCACCUCUUCAAGCUGUUGGACUGCUUGCAGGAAUCCCAUUCAUUCUCCAAGGCCUUCAACUCCAACUAUGAGCAGCGGACCGUCCUGUGGCGAGCAGGCUUUAAAGGCAAAUCUAAGCCCAAUCUUCUCAAACAAGAAACCAGCAGCCUGGCCUGUUGUUUGAGGAUCCUGUUUCGAAUGUAUGUGGAUGAGAACCGCAGGGAUUCCUGGGGUGAAAUCCAGCAGCGACUUUUAACUGUGUGCAGUGAAGCUCUUGCCUAUUUCAUCACGGUGAAUUCUGAAAGCCAUCGAGAGGCCUGGACAAGUCUCCUGUUGUUACUGCUAACGAAAACCCUCAAAAUCAAUGAUGAGAAGUUCAAAGCACAUGCUUCCAUGUACUACCCCUACUUGUGUGAAAUUAUGCAGUUUGACCUGAUCCCCGAGCUCCGAGCGGUGCUGCGGAAGUUCUUUCUACGGAUAGGCAUUGUGUAUAAGAUUUGGAUUCCAGAAGAGCUGUCGCAGGCUCCUGCAGCCCUGUCAUCUGUGUGGUAGCCUCUGCCUAGUGGAACACCCAUCAUGCGGUCUCGGCCUGACACGUCUGCGAGGCACACAGGAACACGCAGCUGCCCUCCUGCGCUCACAGCAGCCUAGAUAAGAAUGUCUUCCACCCUGGCCCCAUCAGGCCCCAGCUGAGGCUUGGGGUGUCGCAUUACACCGUUGCCUACCCAGGAACGUGGCGGGUGGAACACAGUGGGUGGGAGGCUUUCAUCUGUCAUUCCGUUUUACUGAUCCAACCACCAAAUCCUUCACUGCAGAUGUCACCUUUUCCUAGCAAAGUCCCAUGACUGGCUGUAAAUGUGUUGUCAGAGAAAGUCACUCUCCUUGAAAAUAGCUGUAUAGGUUCAUGUUCACUAGAGAGUACGUUAAUAAAGUUUCUUGUAAGGCUGACUGCCACCUAAAAUAUGCUGGGUUUUUGUUGCUGUUUGAGUGUGUUAGAGAAGUUUGACUGUUUUGUCAAUUCUGCCUCAGCUGUAGUUAGGUUAGUUUGGGGAAAGGUAGGGAAAGAAAGGGUUGUUAAGUUUUAUGUUUUAUUUUGUUAAUGUUUGAGUGAUAUUUAAAAUAUUUUACUAGAAGAUCUUAUUGAAGAUUUGAUUGAAGGCACAGUUUAGCAAUUAAAUUAGCAUUAAGAGCUUGCAAGGUUAAAGAAAAUGUAGUGCCUCAUGGCUCUGUUUUAGUAACAUGGGGGAGGGGGGACAGGUCAGAGAGAAAAGCAAGCAGUGUAAUAGUGACCUUCCGUGAAGUAUUUGUAGAUGGUGUUCAGCGAAGAGUUCCAGGGUCCUGUCUACUGCGCGUGCUCACAUCUCACAUAGGAGGUGGGCCUUCACACCUUUUUAUUUUUACCUCAGAAGAGUGACAGUGAGUGUACCGGUGGUGAGUGUCACUGAUUUGCACAGUUCCCCGUUAGCGGGACCUUGAGAGGAGGACAGGAAGUUUGCAUGAGAAGAGGUGUUCCCGUGGCCUCAGCCACAGGUCAUGAGUGGAGCUGGCCCUGCCAUGGAAGGAGCAGGCAGUGUCUGGUGAGCAAAGAGCUGAAUUCAUUGGUGAGAUGAGAUUCCAGGGUCCUAUGUCAAUGCAGAUGCAGUGUCCUGAAUUGCGGAGAGAGCAAUUCUGAUGCAGCUCCUGUAAAGUGGGCCACACAAGGAUACUGAGCUCACUUGUAGUGGGUGUGCGAUCCUUCUAGCAAUGGGUGUGGAAGCUUCUUUGCCCUGAGCAGCACACACUGUAUUCUAUGCUCACCUAAGAAAAUUGUCAGAGUGAUGGAAGCAUCAGACUUCCACUUGGGUCGGUCCAGAAAUGGCUUGUACUGAUGUCAACCCCGGUGCCUUAAGAGCUAGUAGUUUGGAAAGCUACCUGUAAAAUUAGACAUUUUUUCUUUGUAAGAGGAUUUCUGGUGCUUUUGCUUACUAAAGGACCUUUUUUUUUUUCUUUAACAGCCUGAGAAAUGCUUGGUUUGGGCUGGCAGUACUGUUUUUCUUUCCCCAAAAGUAUUUGUCUACCAAAGGAAAAAAAAAUGUUUUCUACUUUAUAUAGAUUAGGAGAGGCUAUGUAAUUUGGCAUACAAUUUUGACCGUGGGAGAAUCUUUUACUGUGAUUGGGAAAUGGGAGCAGACUGAUUCCCUUCUCCUAUGACAGGUGGAGGUGGAGGCUGCGCAUGUUUGGCUCCUCACCGAGCUUAUGGUACCUGCAGCCACAUCCCAGGGCACUGGUGGUUUUUCCUUCCCUGCAGUGCAAACCGCCAUGGCAUUCUCUGCUGUCUUGAAGGGCAGGGAAUGUGUCCAUAUAUUUAUUACUGCAGGAAACAUUCAGGCCAGAACUCCCUUUUAAUCUUGUCUUAUAAAAGAUACACUUUCAGAGUGAGGCAUUUGAGUUGUACCCACAGGGGACCUUUUAAAAAAAAACUGCUGGUAACACCUUUCAGGGUAAUUUUUCUUUGUUCAGUUGUCAGCGACAAAUAGGAGUUCCCUUACCUCCAGUGAUAGGCCAUUCAGUCUAAAUCCAAUCCUGGUGAAGUGGGCCAGGAUGCUGUUUGGGUUCCCCAGUUUGGGGGAGAAUGAAGUAUUUCCAAGGCCUUACUUCUUACGAUGCUUUGGUGUGGAUUAUGUGUGCUGGGUUUUUGUUAAGAAACUGUUGCUUUGGGCAGUUUGGCCUCCUUCAUCAGUGUACUAGGGAAAUCCCCAGCUUUGGCAUCUUAGCAACACACAGUGGAUGGGAAGUUUUAUUUCUGUUUUGCACCUUUAGUCAAAUACACCUUUUCCUAUAUUCCUCAUGUACAACCAAAGAACACACAUUGUGAAAAUUGUAUAUCUGGAAAUACAACCUUUUCCUCUGACAGGUGACUUUUGUAUGAAAUGCAGAAAAAAAAAAUCCCCAAACAACUAGACAUUAUGUUGUCGCUCUUCUGUGAUUCGGGCUAGCCAUGUAGCUGUCUGCCAUUACUAAAAGAGCCCCUGACUUGCAAUGUCUCUGCUUGAUUCAUGUUUGUUGUUUGGAUGCAGAGGGGUCGGAUCUGGGGUUGGGAAAAGCUGGGACCCACUCAGCUCUGUCUCACUGUUUAUGUUAGGGCAGAUGUAGCGUGCAUUUACAGGAAACCCACUUUUCCUAAUAGCAGCUUUGCAGUGUGAGAAUCAAAGAAACCAAAGCUGGAUAUUUUAAAGAAUGAAUCUAUCUGGAAUCCUUGCCCCUCAAAAAAAGUGACACUCAUCAAAGGUAUAGUUCUUCGGUGUUCUAAUUUUUUAAAAAAUUUUAUCUACAUAUUUGCGUCAAAUAUUUAUGUGCAAAAUGUUAUGUUUUAACCUUAAAAUGUCUAAAGUGUAGUUAAUAGCUAUUUUGAUUUAAUCUAUACCUAAUGAUUAAGUGCAUUUAAUAUUGGUAAUUUAAUGAAAAGCAUUCCUUGCCCAGUGGAUGUAUACAUUUUUGAAAGAAUAAAGCAGAAUUAUAUAAUAAGAAAUGCUAUGUAAAGUUUUCUAUGUAAAAAUAUUAUGUAUAAUACUGUUAAAAUAUCCCAUGCUUUGAUCAGGUGGUAAAUCAAUAAAAUUGUAAAAAGUAAAGAUGAUUUUAAUGUAGUAAUUUUAAAUAUUUAUCAAGCCAUAAGUUUAGAUUACUUUAAAUUUCUUCUAGUGGUAGAUCUAAGUUUCCAGUUGGCAGUGAAACUUGACCACUGUACUUAAUAAAUAAAUAUAAUUAUUAAUGGGA